GGCUCUUCCGGGUUCGGACGAGGAGGGGGGAAACGCUGCUGGGGCCGAGAGAAACCUUCCCGGAGUUUGUUUGCCGUCACCCUCUCUGUGUCGGGGGUGACAUCACGCUGCCACGUAUUGCCACGCGUGACGUCACGCUAGCCCAGCAGAGCGCCGAUCUCUAGCCAUGGCGGAGGGGGAGACUCGGCCAAGGCUGCUCCUCCGGCUGGUGCAGGAGGGACGGCUGGACCUCCUCCGGGAUGAGCUGGGGCCAGACAACAUGCUGAGCACAGAGGUGCAGAGCCGGCGCUAUGGGCGCUCAGGGGACACACUGCUGCACCACGCUGCCCGAUAUGGGCACCAGGAUGUCCUUGCCUACCUGGUAGAGGUGCUGGGGAUGGAUAUUGAGGUGUUCAAUAGUGACUACAAAAGACCCCUCCACGAAGCAGCCUCCAUGGGCCACGGGGAGUGUGUCUCCUACCUCCUGGAGAAAGGCGCGAACAUAGACUGCUUGAAAAAGGCAGACUGGACUCCCCUAAUGAUGGCUUGCACUAGGCAAAACCUGGAGGUGAUCAAAGUUCUCGUGGAGCAUGGAGCCAACCCACUGCUGAAGAAUAAGGAUGGCUGGAAUUGCUUCCACAUUGCGAGCCGGGAAGGCCAUCCCCAGGUCCUCCGGUACCUGCUGGACGUAUCCCCAGGCAGCUGGGACACGGAGAGCACAAUAAAGAGAACACCUCUGCACACAGCAGCAAUGCAUGGCUGUUUUGAUGUUGUGGAGCUGCUCCUGGAGCGGUGCCAGUACAAACCUGACAGUAGAGACAAAUGUGGAGUCACUCCCUUUAUGGAUGCUAUCCAGAACGGACAUGUCAACAUUGCCCGCCUGCUCCUGGAAAAACACCAGGCCUGUCCUACAGCUGUGGAUGCGCUGGGCGCUCAACCUCUGCACCGGGCAGCUGUCACGGCCCAGGAUGAAGCCAUCCAGUUCCUUGUCUCUGAGCUGGGUGUUGAUGUCAAUGGGAAAGCAAUGGCCUUCCAGCUCACAGCACUGCACUAUGCAGCCAAGGAAGGACACACACACACCAUCAAGACACUGCUGUCCCUUGGUGCUGAUGUCCAUGCAAAGGAUGGGAAGAGCCGUUCUGCUCUGCAUGCAGCGUGUGCUGGGCAGCAGGCAGAUGCUGCACGGAUCCUGCUCCACGCUGGGCUGCAGGACGCCCCGGAUAGCACGGGCACACUGGCAUGGCAGCUUGCGAGGAAGCCAGAUGUCAUCCAGGUUUUCCAGGAAACAAACAUCAGCACAUGAGAUGUAAUGGGGAAAAAGAGAAGCCUGUUUUAUUUCAGCGUGGGCGGAACUUCACCUCUUCUUGUGCAGCACCCAGCACAUCCAAACAGCUGAGACUGCAGCUGCCCAAUACAUAAUUACCGAAGGAGCAUGCCCCAUGAGCCACUGCUAGAUGACCUUCUGGGGACCUGCAUGGCUUCAGCCCCCUGGAGCCUGCCUAGCUCUUGCUGCGGUGUUUCUGUACGGUUGGACAUCCUGAAGGAGAAGAUCCACCUGGAUCGUUGAUUUUUAUAGCCCUUAAUGGACUUGCUCUCCACUAAUACCUGAAGUCACUUUAAGCAGCCACCUCUUUCAAUAGCCCCUGAGAGGGGCUGGCUGCGGUGCAGUGUGAGCAAGCCCUUGGGGACUCUUCCCUCAUCAGGUUUGAGCUGCAGAGGACAAGUGCGGGGAGUGUACAAGCUGCAUCAACUUCUUAAAUCCUUUUUGUAGCCCAAGCCUGAUCCCAAAGGCUGCUGAAAUGAAUACUAAGACCUCAACCUUGCGAUGACAUCAAGGGUCUUUGGAUCAGACUAAAAAAGAGGUAUUUGUUAUUCCAGACAGUCUUGUUGGCACUUCUCACUAAUGAAUUUUACAAAAAAAAAAAUCUGCUCUUUGAAGUGUUUGGAGAAAUGCCUUAAUAUUUAAUGUAGCCAGUAAGUCUCUAACAGCCUGGAAUACACAUAAAGGUAAGAGCUGCUGUAGUUGUUUGGUUUAUUUGUAUGUAUCUGCAAUUAUAAAUUCAGAUUUGCAUAGAAACAUGGCACACCUCAGUCUACGUGUAAUGUCAAGAUGUAAAAAACAAUGGGAUUCUGCAGUUUUGGUGAUAACAGAUGCUAAAAAUCAGACAGGCCUAUGACAGAACAAGCUAGGUUUUGCUCUGCCCAAGCUGUUGUGCUCACGUCAUGGUCUGAUGCAUGACCGAUGUGCUCCCGGCUGGGUUUAAGACGAUACUGAGCUCUGUUUGAUUGAGAAAUUCCCACCCUGCAGUUCCUGGAGCCGAAUUUGCUGCGACAGUCCUAAGCCAGAGUGACAGCAGUGCUGCACUUCUCUCCAGUUAAACAGCCUUUAGAGCAGAGUUAGGGCCUCCUCCCCUCUGCCAGCUUGCGUUGCAUGAGAAGAGAGAGGGGGUGUGCUCACAAAAAUAAUUUGGGGGGCUGCCAGAGGGAGCUGAUAGCUUGCAAGAAGCGGAGAAGCAGGGUUCAGUAGAACCUUAAGACUCUUCCAAACAUGCCUGUAAAGACCUGCUUUUUGCCAGUCUUCCCCUGUCUUGUUUCUCCAUUUAUGAAGAAGGUUCUUUUCCACCAGGUAAGAAAAACAAAUUAAUGCUAGAAGGCACUAACAGUGCAGAGUGGUGGGAGCCAUAUCAGUCCCUGGGCAGGCAAGGAAGUGGCUUUAUUCCUCUAAAGAUCCCGAAUCCUUACAUAAAUCUAGCCCUGGCCUCCAUACAGCAAGCAGCAAUACUGCAACCCAGUAAAUGCAAGCGCCUGCUUUAUUCCCACUCUUUAUGAUUUUAGCAAACCGUGAAGUAGCUGGUUCCCCUCAAUAUCCCUGCUAACGAACUCAGUUUGUGAGUCUAAGCUUUUAUGAGAAAGCAAGUGAAAAUGUUUUCAAAUGUCUGUCUAGUUCUCCUGGUCAUGGCAAACACCUUGAAAACACAAAAGGGAAUUUACAUUAAUUUGGAAGUGCUUUAUGAUUUCUGAAGCCUUCUGGACAGUAGCAGAGGGCCUGUCCACCUGGGACAGGAAGCUCAGACACUGUGCUGUCAUCUAAAAGCAAAAUGUAUUGGCACGUCUCCAGCACUGUCUUUUAUUUACCCUUCUUUUAAUUCUGCCCCUCGGACAACAAAAAGAUGCACAGUAACAAACUGGCUGUUGUUAUCACAGAUGAUCAGGAUCAAAAGGAUGUUAGAAAAGGAACAUGUAUUCACCUUUAUGCCUGCAAGAUUUUCCUGGGGAAGAGCCUUUGCUGUCUGUCUUGCUGUUUCUGCUGUUGCUUACUCACUGCAAGGUUGGAGUGAGGGGUCAGGACGCUUUUGUGCCCUGCAAAAGUGUGCUGCAAAAUGCUGGGAAGAGCUCGGCAGUGCUAGACUCUGUGUGUGUGUGAACCCCCAUCUCAUUCCCAGCAGACGUCUCACACGGAGAGACAGCUUGGGCGCCUGGUCCCUGGGGAAGCAGCCCAGGAGCUGGGCUCCGUGCCACGUGGCACUGAAGGCAGCUUGGAGCAGAGCCUGGCAGCUGGUGCACAGCUUUGGUGCUGUCCUGUUAUGCCACCUCUUCCAUCUUCAGCGCCGUCGGUUGCCAGGGGCCCUGCAAAUACUCUGGUCCUGCAGCCACAGAAGAGAAGACCUAGUGCCUUCGUCUUGUUGGAUGUGGCCAAGCUACAGUCAGGGUAAGCAGAAGCAUCUGGAUAGGUAGGAAAUCAUGUUGCAAUGCUGUCAGGGCUUGCUGGGAGACCUUAUAGGAAGGGAGGGCAUUUUGCUUUUAAAUAGAUUUUGCUCUGGAGGUUGCACACACACCUCCCUCCGCAAAUUCACAAGCACCAAAGAAAUUCAUGCCUGGGUGGUCAAGCAAUUUUCCUUCCGAUGAUCCAGAGGAUGAGGGACUGCAGCUAUUGCAUCCUCGUCACAUCUCCUAGGCUCUUCUUAGGUUGGCGAUCCUGUAUUGGUUUUGGAUGUUCCUUUUUGUACCUCUUAGGAGCUGGUGGUGAUUUUCACUCCAUGCCGUUCCCCUUCUCCGUGAGUUACAAGGAUUCACUCUCUGGCUGUUGUCUCUCAAUGCUGGUGUCCCAACUAGCUGCUGGUAGACGUAAGCCAAGAGCCUGAGGACCUGCUGACCAUGAUGCAUCACCAUCAACUGUUUUGCCAUCUCUUUUCCUGCCUUCCACUGCUUCCACAGCCAGACCUUCCUGCUCAUCCUCCAUCCAGGACACUCUCAAUAUUCUACUGCAGGUACUUCCAUAUAGAAUCAUAAAAUGGUUUGGGUUGGAUGGGACUGUAAAGAUCAUCUAGUUCCAGCCCCCUUCCAGGGACAGGGACACCUUCCACUAGACCAGGUUACUCCAAGCCCCGUCCAGCCUGGCCUUGAACACUUCCAGGGAUGAGGCAGUGACAGCUCCUCUGGGCAGCCUGUGCCAGUGCCUCACCACCCUCACAGUAAAGUGUUUCUUCCUAAUAACUAAUCUAAAUCUACCCUAUUUUACAUUAAAACCAUUUCCCCUUGUGCUAUUGCUACGGGCCCUACUAAAAAGUCUGUCCCCAUCUUUCUUACAAGCCCCUUUAGGUACUGGAAGGCCGCUCUAAGGUCUCCUCGGAGCCUUCUCUCCUCCAGGCUGAACAGCCCCAGCUCUCUCAGCCUGUCUGCCUAGGAGAGGUGCUCCAGCCCUCUGUCAUCUUCAUGGCCUCCUUUGGCCUUGCUCCAACAGGUCCAUGUUCUUAUGCUGGGGGCCCCAGAGCAGACACAGCACUGCAGGUGGGGACUCAAGGAGAGCAGAGGGGGAGGAUCACUUCCCUCAACCUGCUGGCCACGCUGCGUUUGGUGCAGCCCAGGAUAUGAUUGGCUUCCUGGGCUGCAAGCGCACAUUGCCAGGCCAUGUCGAGCCUCUCAUCCACCAGCAUCCCCAAGUCCUUCUCCUCAGAGUUGCUCUCAAUCCAUUCUCCACCCAGCCUGUAUUGACUCUGGGGGUGCCCCAACCCAGGUGCAGGACCUUGCACUUGGCCUUGUUGAACUUCAUGAGGUUUGCACGGGCCCACCUCUCAAGGCCCCUCUGGACAGCAUCCCUUCCCUCCUGCGUGUUGACUGCACCACUCACUUGGCAUCGUCGGCAAACUUGCUGAGGGUGCGCUCGAUCCCACUGUCUGUGUAGCUGACAAAGAUGUUGAACAUUGCCAGUCCCAGUAUGGACCCCUGAGGAACGCCACUCAUCACUGGUUCUCCACUUGGACACCAAGCUGCUGACCGCAACUCUUUCAGUGCGACCAUCCAGCCCCUUCCUUAUCUACCACGUGGUCCAUUCAUCAAAUUCAUAUGUCUCUUGCUUAGAGACAAGGAUGUCAUGCAGGAGAGUGUCAAAAGCUUUGCUUAAGUCUGUAAAUGUCACCAUCUUACUGCCUGUCUGCUGGUGCUGCUUGCUCCUUUUGUGCUUUCCUGCUGAUGGCUCUGCACCACCAACACCCUGUAAAUUCAGAUACCUUUUUUUUUUUUUCUUACCUGGGUGUGAACAAGCAUUGUGCAAGACACAGAGCCCAGCUGUGCCUGUGUGGAGCAGGAAACCUACAGUCCAUCGAUGAGCAGCGUUCACCUUGGUGCUGGCAGGUCCGAUUCCCCUGGGGCCAUGCAGGCACCUUCGUCUCUCCAGGCUUUGCUCUUCCAAGUAUUAAAAUAAUUCAAAAGCAGGUGCUCUGCUUCCCAUCUGAGCUGGCAUGACAAAGUUUCAGGCAUUUGACAGAGCUUCACUGGGUUCUUCACCAACCGUGGCAUGCCACCGUCUGCCUUGUGUGUCCUGGUAGAUAUGAGAGACGUAGCCAUAUGAUCAAAUUAAGAUGUCUUAAGCCUUGCGGGUGUCUAAUCCAUGCUGGCGGCCCCAAGGCGCAUAAGCAGCUUUGCCGCGGCUGCUGUAUAAGUGCUCCCUCCCUGGCUCACUCGCCUUCUUCGGGAUGCUGAUCCACGGGGGGCGUUAAAACCAGCACACAGCCGGGAAAUUCCUGCCUUGCUUCAAGGAAGUGGUGGGUGGCAGAGACAGGGUAGCGGCAAGGAUUAAAAAAACCUCUUAAAUGCAAAAAUCAGAGCUCAAAUCUUCUGAAAAAACGCGCUGGCUCCUUUGCGUCACUGCUGCGCUGUGGUUUUGUGGUGGAUGGGGGGGAUUUGCUACACCAAACGUGAUCCUGGAUGAGAGGAAAAACUCUUUUCUUCACAUGUUUUGGGGUGAAAAGGGGGAAAUGUGAGAGGUGCCACGUGCAAGUGAAACCUGCGUUGGGGAAGUAUAAAUACUCUGUAAUGAUCAUUGUUUGUUGCAAUAAUUAACUGCUUUUUAUAAUAA